AAUUUAUUUAUUGGUUGAGUGAUUUCAUUUUAUUAUCCUGAUUCAGUGAUUCCAGUCGUCCACAGCACAAGGCCACCACUCUCUUCAAAACGGUUGUUACUACUGACUCUCUCUAUUUGGCGUCUCAACAGUUUCUUUUGGGUUGGUUCUCCGUUGAGCUUUCACUUCUUGUCCUCCCUCUCUCUCUCUCUCUCUCUCACUGAAACCUACGAAACACCUCACCAAACCGUCCGAGCGGUUGCCGUUGGUUAGGGUUUCUGAGGGAACUCAUUUUAGGGUAUUCCAAGAAAGAUCCGUCUAUGAGGAGGGCCAUCUUCCGCUGUUUCUCUUUCUUUCAGUCUACCUGAUGCCCAAGCCUUGUUAGUAUACACCAGAAGAAGAGGAAAAAGCGAAGGAGUCAGGUGGGCUUUCCAUUAGGGUUUAGGGGCUAGAUUUCCGAAAUGGAGAGGAAGCAGGGGUUCUUCUCGGCAUUAAAGGAAGAGGUGGUAAGAGGGUUAUCGCCGGCGAGGUCCAGGGCCAGGAGUCCGGCUAGAAGUGCGUCCCCAAUGUCUGGACUCCUGAGGCGGAGGAAGCAGUACGUGGCCUAUCCUGAGCCGUUGAUCGCAAGAUCCGGAAGUCUGAGGCCGGUGGGGGAGACACUGACACCAUUGAUGGAAGGACCUGAUCCCGAUGGCUCCGACGGUAGUGAUUUGAAGAAGGAAGGGUGGGGCCAUUGGAUGAAAGGCCAGCUCUCCAGGACGCCGUCCGUCUCUUCGUCUCCUUUCAAGCGCUCCGAUCUGAGGCUUCUGCUCGGUGUCAUGGGUGCACCUCUCUCCCCGGUCCACGUUAGCUCUGCCGAUCCUCUGCCUCACCUUAGUAUCAAGGACACCCCCAUUGAAACAUCUUCCGCUCAGUACAUAUUGCAACAGUACACGGCUGCAUCCGGAGGGCAAAAGCUGCAGAGCUCCAUUCGCAAUGCGUAUGCCAUGGGAAAGGUCAAGAUGCUAGCCUCUGAAUUCGAGACAGCAACAAAGGUCAUGAAGAACCGGAGCCCUUCACGAGCUGCCGAAUCGGGCGGGUUUGUUCUAUGGCAGAUGAACCCAGACAUGUGGUACGUGGAGCUUGCGGUUGGUGGCAGCAAGGUUCAUGCUGGCUGCAACGGAAAGCUUGUCUGGAGACACACCCCUUGGCUUGGUGCGCAUGCCGCAAAAGGGCCUGUUAGACCCUUACGUCGUGCGCUUCAGGGUCUUGAUCCAAGAACCACUGCCAGUAUGUUUGCUGAUGCAAGGUGUAUUGGAGAGAAGAAAGUCAAUGGGGAGGAUUGCUUCAUCCUCAAGCUCUGUGCAGAUCCACAGACGUUGAAGGCACGGAGUGAAGGGCCAGCUGAGAUAAUUAGGCACGUCUUGUUUGGCUACUUCAGCCAGAGGACUGGGCUUCUUGUUCACAUGGAAGACUCCCAUCUUACCCGUAUCCAGUCAAAUGGAGGUGAUGCCGUCUACUGGGAGACAACCAUUAAUUCAUUCCUCGACGAUUACAGACCGGUUGAAGGGAUCAUGAUUGCCCACUCGGGACGUUCGGUAGUUACCCUUUUCAGGUUUGGCGAGAUGGCGAUGAGUCACACCAAGACAAGAAUGGAAGAGGCAUGGACAAUUGAGGAGGUAGCAUUCAAUGUUCCCGGACUAUCAAUAGAUUGUUUUAUCCCCCCUGCUGAUUUAAGGUGUGGCUCCAUCAGCGAAGUGUCCGAGCUACCUCGUGGAGAAAGAGGAAAGGCCAUGGCAGCUGCAGCAUAUCGGGCCAAAGUCGCUGCACUAGAAAAUUCACAUGAUACCAACCUAGAUACUGUUGUAUGGAAGACGGAAGUCUAACCAGAAAUUAGAUAGAGAGGUUAGGGCAUGUUGUUCAUACAGGUAGUUAGUUUAAAUUGACUUGACGUUACAAGGUUGCAAAGUGAGUCGGGAAUCAUCCGGCAUCUGUAUAUAGAGCAUAAUCAUUCGCAGUCGCAGGUCCUCCUCAGCGCCUGAGCGAAUCUUUGUACUCUCCAUACAGAAUAGGAGUGUUGGGGCUCUCGACUUCCUUGUAGGGGAUAUGAUGGAGCGACGUAGGUUUGUUGGAGCAGAUGGAGGUUUGUUUUUUCAGUGUACCUUCCAUACACGAAGAGAAGGAUAAUGGUGAUACUUUGAUGUGUUAAGAGAGACCACUAUCCUUUGAUGAUUCUACUAAUUCUCUUGCCUGAAGGCAAUCGUCGGCCUUGGGGGCAAGAACCCAACUGGCGGCCGUCAUGGGCUUGGCACUAAUUCUUCUCUAUGUUGUCUAGUCUUUUAGAUUUGUACCGUGUGUAGGUGUGGUUGUUUGAUGUAAAAGUUGUUUUGGGGUGUGGGAUCGAAAAGAUUUCUCAGAGUUGAGAAAAGGGAAAUGGGUUGGUUACUAGGGAGGGGAGGCUGAAGGCUGUAACAAAAAUUUGGGAUUCUAAUAUUGGUUUUUGUAUGGAUUUGGAAUUUCAUCCAUUCUGCUGAGAUGAGAUGUAAACACAUGUUUUUCAUCAGAUAUUGAAUGCUUGUAGAAUUACACA